GUGCAAAUAAAGAACCUACCUCAAUUCCUAUUCAGGUCGAUAUAUUGUGUUUAUCAACCAGUAUUCAUUUCACGGCAUAAAAUCAUAUUCUUCCAGUAUUAUACGAAAUUUUGGCAGGUUUUAGCCGAAUUUGCAAAUUCAUACGUAAGAUGGUUGAUCAGGCUGAAAAUAAUUUGGUGGCGAUAAGCUUAGAAAAUGAGAAGGAAACCGAAUGUCUAAAAACCGUUCGCGAUAUGAUGGCAGAAAACGAGAAAUUAAAGCCAAUGCUAAAAUUUUGGCCAGACAAAUUACUCCUUCUUCUAAUCCGUACAUUCGAUUUUAACACUCCCAACAUCUUAAGAGUGGUUAAUUCGUUGCAAAAUUGCAUAACGGAAUUGUACCCGGACUUAUUCCGACUUAUAAAUCUGUCCGAAUUGAAACCGAUUUUGGACAAGAAACUCUUCACCCUGGUCAAGCACGCCAGUCCGAGGAAUCCUGGCGUCGUGAUGUUUCAAUUUAAAAAUUGGAAGCCUUCCGAAGUCCCGACAGACCAGUUGCUCGCGGCCGGAACCGUAUACUACUACCAACUUGCCCGAAAUUGUGAAGACAUCCAGAAAAACGGGAUUCUCGCCUUGAUCGACUCGGACGGAAUCGGAUUUGCGCACGCCCGCCAAAUUUCGUACGAUCUGAUUAAAAAGCUUCUUUACUGCAUGGUAUACUCGUCCCCAGUUCGAGUCGUUGGUUACGUUGUGUACAAUAGUUCCUACCUCGUGGAAAAGAUUUACCACGUGGUCAAAUUUGCGAUACCGGAGAGGGCAAGGAAAGAUAUUUAUUUCCUCAAAAAAGACUUAACCGUUCUGCACGGGAUGGUCCCUGACGCCCAAUUUUUGCCAACUUCCAUCGGCGGAGAGGUCCCUGACGACGCGGCGUAUCAGGAAGACGCCGAGACAGCAGCGUUCGAUGACCUCACGAUCCAAAACCUUGUAACGGACCUACAGAGAGAGUGCAGAUUGGGGAAGAAAUGAUGUAACGAGGCGAAAUUCUACUUUAAUUGAUAAAUCAGUUGUAAAAUUAUUAAAUACAGAAAAAAUUAAAAAAUGUAAAUUAAAAAAUGAUGACCCCCGAGCUUCCCAAAAAAAUAUAUCCUUGGCAAAAAAAAACCUGCCGCCUGUCACCAUCGGCACUAGCGUAUUUACUCAUUUUUUACUAAAUGUAAUCAAUCAGUCCUUGUAUGUACGUAUUUUUUGAUGAAUCAAUUUCACAUGUAUGGAAAUAUGUAGUACAUAUUUAUGUAACUCUUAUCUUUGUCAAACAACUAAUUCGCAAAUACCAAUAUAUUAGUCAGGCGUUUGUAUUUACUCACCUGUCCUGAGUUAUCAUUUGACAGAUCAAUUAAUUCAAUGUCAAUCAAUUGGAAUAAUUAUACAGCCACUACACAUAUGUGAUGUAACUCCUCAAGUCCUGAUAUUUAUUUAGGUUCAAAAAUUUAGAUGCGUACGUGAGGUUUGAAUAUGUAGAUAAGAACCAGGCCAACUUAAUUCAUGAAUUGCAAACUUAUUAAGACUGUAUUGUAAAAUUUGGGUAGCGAAUGUGUGGGGAAAAUUUUCAAAAGAAAUUAAAAGUUAACAAUUAUAAAAUAAUUAAUUUACUAUCGGGCGAAACUUGUACAUACCAAACGCCCUGAAAUAAUCCAAACUAACUAAGAACUAAUUCCUGGCAAGCAACCUUGAACGAUUAACAUGUUUAGAGAAAGUGGUAAUCACUAAUCUUGUCUCAAAUUAAUUAAACUGUCAUGUCAAGUGAAUGUAGUACAAGUAUCGCCUUAUCGCAAGAAAUUCAGUGAAAAUUCUAUCCGAGCAAUGUGAAUAACGCAAUAGAUAAGAUUAAAGGACAGAAAUAAAAUGCGACCGAUUUUGUGAAAGGGUCACCAGUCAAUUACUCUACGUAAGCCUUGUCACAAUGUUACUGCGACUAUUUUCAUUCGCCACCUGCUUCCACCUUGCACUUGGCUUCGUGCAAGAAAUUACAUUUUACAUGGAACCUGACUUCGGAGGAAAUGGGUUCCUAUUUCGAACUAAAGAACCUGCCCUUGCUCCGUGCCACUCGAUCCAAUUAAGCGACGUGAAAUCAUAUUGCUAUAAAGGAUGGUGGAACGGAUUUAAUCAAACAAAUUACGCUAAUGAAUGGACUUUAAGUGUAGCAUCAUGGGAUGGGACAGUGAUUUGCAGAAAUGGAACACCCCUUCCAACAAUGUCGUUGAGGCAUCAAGGACCCUUGGAGACAACAAUACCUUCCGUUUCAAUUUAUAGCGGGACUCGUACUACUGGUGUGGGUGGAAUGGAAAGAACUUUUACUGCCUUAGCCGCGACCAAUUUUGGAUUUCUUCCUACGUACAUACAUGGCCCUAUCGGGAAGGUCGAGCUGGACUGGUUUUGUCAACGACGAUUUUACGGGAAACUCUACCUGCUUCUCAACUUCUGCACUAUUAGCACAAGUAAAUUUGUCCGGAAAGGAGAUAAGGUCCUUAGUCAAAGGAUGUGACGCCAAGUAUGAGAGCGAGUACUAUGAAGCUGAUAAGCAUUUGUGAAUAUUUUUUUUUGAAGCAGUAACACUCGCUUGUUUUUGGCUAUAUAUUUUAGGGAACAAAUGUUUUAAUAAAAAUCAUGUGAACCAGUGACAAACAUUUGUUUCAAUCUAUGUACGUUAAUGUUUACAUAUUUGAGAAAAAUAAUACUUUAAUAAAAUUUGGUUGUUGAUCAGAAAUGUUGGGAAUCAAUAUGCACAUUCAAGGGCCGAGACAGCAGUGUUGGACGACCUCAUAAUCCAAAACCUUGUGGCAGACCUGCAGAGAGAGUGCAGAUUGGGGAAUAAAUGAUGUAAAGGUAACGACGAGAUUCCGUUUAAUUUCAUAUCAAUAUGUAUAAAUUAGUUGCAAAAGUAGUAAAAUAAAUUCCGAAAAUGAUGACCCA